AUGGUGGGCAGCUUGGAGUUCUGCACGGGCAAGCUCGGCGCUCGAAUGAUCCUGGUGUUGGGACACACUAAGUGUGGGGCCGUGUACGGUGCUGCGAAUGCAUACCUGGAGGCAAAGAAGAAGGGCCCAGGCAGCGUCAACUCGGCGCUUGAGGGCCUUCUGUUGGACUUGGCCCCUGUUGCAGAGAAAGCGGUCGCUGACAUGGGUGCCCAUAGCAACGCAGAGGAUGUGGCCGCAUAUGCGGUGCGAGUGAACGUGUUCCACACCAUCGACUUCCUGUUGAAGUACAGUUCUUCCAUCCGGGAGAAGGUUCGCAGCGGCGAGGUGGAAAUCCAGGGUGGCGUUUACCAUUUGGACUCGGGCAAGGUGGAAUUCAUGGGCCGCUCGCCGCAGCAAUCCCAGCUGAUGCAAUCCACCAUGCCGCUGCCGCCCUCCAUGACGGAGGCCGGUGGCCGGGUCUCUGCCUACGGCCCUCCGGCCCGGGGCGUGCAUGGCGUGCGCACUGCUGCAGACAGCGCCGUGCCGGCAGAGGCAGCGCUGAAGAUGCUGAAGGAGGGCAACGAGCGCUUUGCCGUGGGCGCGCCGCUGGCCAAGCACGCCAGCAUGAAGAUGCGCGAGGCCCUGGUGAACCACGGCCAGGCGCCGCAUGCGGCCAUCAUGGGCUGCGCGGACUCGCGGGCGCCCAUCGAGACCCUCUUCGACGCUAUGCCGGGCGACCUUUUCGUGCUGAGGAAUGCGGGCAACACCUGUACGCACGCCGAAGGAAGCAUGGUGGGCAGCUUGGAGUUUUGCACAGGCAAGCUGGGAUCCAAGCUGGUGCUGGUUUUGGGGCACACGCAGUGUGGCGCCAUCGCAGGUGCCACCAAGACCUACCUCGGCAGCAAGGACGGGUCCAAAGCGGCGGGCUGCGCGCUUGAGGGUCUUCUGCAAGGAUUGUGCAGCGUGGCCAAGAAGGCGGAAGACGAGCUGGGUGUGAGUGCGGAGGAGAAGCAGCUGAUCUCCCACGCCGUAAAGGUGAACGUGUUCACGUCCAUGGAGUUCCUGCUGAAGUACUCGCAGCCGCUGAGGGACCUGGUGAAGAGCGGCGACCUCGAGAUCCAGGGCGGCGUGUACCACCUAGAGACGGGCCGCGUGGAGUUCCUGGGGCGCACGCCCAACCAGAAGCAGCUGCUGAGCUCCGACACGUCGCUGCCGCCUUCCCUGGCGGCGCUGCCAAUCCGCACCACCACAGACGGCCCACUGCCGCACCCGCAGGCGCUGCAGCUGCUCAAGGAGGGCAACCAGCGCUUCGUCGCGGGCGCCGGCCUCUCGGGCAAGGUCACCUCCGAGAUGCGCAAGGCCCUGGUCAAGGAAGGCCAGGCGCCCCACAGCGCCAUCAUCGGAUGCGCGGACUCGCGGGCGCCCCUGGAGACCGUGUUCGACUCCAUGCCGGGCGAUCUCUUCGUGCUGCGCAACGCCGGAAACACCUGCACGCACGCAGAGGGCAGCGUCCUGGGCAGCUUGGAGUUCUGCAUCGGCGCCCUGAACACCAAGAUGGUCAUGGUGCUUGGGCACACCGCCUGCGGUGCCAUCAAGGGAGCCACCAAGACCAUGCUGCAGGCCCAGAGCGGCAAGUCUCAGGUGAACAAAGCUUUGGACGCUCUUCUGGAAGGGCUCAGCGUGGUCGCCUCCAAGGCUGCGGGUGAGUUGGGAUCAGAUGCCAGCGAGGAUGCGAUCGCCUCGCACUCAGUGAAACUGAACGUCUUCCACACGAUUGAGUUCAUCUUGAAGUACAGCACGCUGAUCCGGGGCAAGGUUCUCGCGGGCGAGGUGGAGAUCCAGGGUGGCAUCUACGACCUGGAGACUGGUCGUGUGGAUUUCUUGGGCCAGAGUCCUGCACAGGCGACCAUUGUGAAGAAGUGGGCUGCUGCGUUGCCGCCUUCUCUCGCAUGA